AUGGGUUCAAUCGGUAAUCCUCAGGCGAACGGCGUUGGCAGUCUCCUCACAGAUUUGCCCCCAUACAAGCCCACUCCAGCAGACAUCACCAUCGACAACCACAAAGUUGGAGACAAGGGCAAGAUCCUGUUCAAGAAUGUCAACAUCUUCGAUUCCACGGGGGCAGAUAUGUAUCAGGGGGACGUGCUGAUCGAGGGCGAACGUAUCAAGGAGGUCGGCCAGAUCAACUUUACUCCCGACGACGACACACUCGUCAUCGACGGCAAGGGCACCAAGACGCUCAUGUCAGGUCUCUGCGACUCACAUACGCAUCUGAGCUGGAACAACUCGCCGACACUGGACGGACUGACGAGUCUCGGUCUGGAAGAGCACGUCCUGCACACGGCCGAGUCCGCAAAGACCUACAUCGACUGUGGCUACACCAUGUGUUUCGGCGCGGCGUCGGCACAAGAGCGUCUGGACAUCGUCAUCAAGCAAGCAAUCAAAUCCGGCAUGAUUCCCGGACCCCGAACACUGGCAAACUGCCAGGAGAUCACGACCACUGGCGGAGCAAUCAUCCCGAGCAUAAGCCACUAUGCUGACGGAGAGGAUGCGAUGCGGAAGACGGUUCGGCAUUUUAUCGAACUCGGAGCUGAUAACAUCAAGCUGAGCAUGACCGGAGACUACGUCCAUCCUACCAUGGGUGCUACGGAGACAUAUUUCACCCUAAAGGAGACUCGAGCCGCCGUGGAAGAAGCCCACAACCGGGGGAAGAGAGUCUGCGCUCACGCACGCUCGGCCGCCUCCGUGAAACUCUGCUGUCAGACCGGCGUGGACGUGGUAUACCACGCCUCAUUCGCAGAUGAAGAAGGGCUGGACAUGCUCGAAGCUCUCAAAGACCGCGUCUUUGUCGCUCCAGCCAUCAACUUCCCCUACAACACCUGCUCCGGCGACGCCGUGCCGUACGGCAUGACGCCCGAGAUGGCCAAGAAGAAAGGACUCGUGGAGGAAGUCGACAAGGCCUGCAAAGCCAUGCGCGAGCUGCACCGCCGCGGCGUCCGCGUCCUCCCCGGCGGCGACUACGGCUUCGCGUGGGCUCCGCACGGCACGUACGCGCGCGAUCUCGCCCAUUUCGUCAACCUGUUCGGGUACACGCCGAAGGAAAGCCUGAUUGCCGCGACCGCGCUGGGCGGCGAGAUUAUGGGCCACCCGGAAGAGCUGGGCAAGGUCCAGCCGGGGUACUACGCGGACGUGGUCCUCGUGGACGGCGACCCGCUCGAGGACAUUGAGGUCUUCCAGGACACGUCGAAACUGCACGCCAUCGUCAUCAACGGCCACGUGCACAAGAACGUCGCCGUCGCCGGGGCUGACGGCCAGAGUCUGACCGCCGAGGGCCUGGCGAAUAAGAGGACCAUCUACACGAACCUGCCGCUCGUGCCGGAGAAGGAGCAGCAGAAGAUGAACGAGGAUGCCAGGCAGAACGGCAUCGGGGCUGAGCCGCAGGCAGUUUGA